AGAGAAACGAUUUUUUUUCCUAAAGACUUUUUCAGGUGAAAGAUGGGUACUCUAUCGUUCUUCCCUCCGUCACUUUCAUCUCAACUUAGGAGCCAUGAAAAUCAGUUGUCAUUAAAAACCCAACUUUCAAAUCCUCUUAAAUUUCCUAAAAUCUCCGUAACUAAACCUUCUUUAUCUAAGAAAUCCUGCAAUAGAAGCGUAGUUGUUCACAGCAAUCAAAAUGACUCUCAAUUUGUGGAUGAAAACGGUGUAGUUGAAGAUAUGGAUGGUUAUAUGAACCAUCUCUCUCUAGAAUACGAUUCCGUCUGGGAUACAAAACCUGCUUGGUGUCAGCCUUGGACGAUAACGCUAACUGGAGUAUCGGCGAUUGGUGGUAGCUGGAUCAUAAUGCACUCAGUGAUAAUCAGUGCAGUGGUUGUCUUUCUAAUUUCUGCAUGGUGGUACAUUUUUCUCUAUUCUUAUCCUAAGGCGUAUUCAAGUAUGAUAUUGGAACGUAGAAACAAAGUUAACAGUGGUCUCGAGGAUACGUUUGGUAAUUACAAGAGCCAAUGAUCUUUGCCCAUGAGUAUACACAACAAAAUUGUUAAGUCAGUCAGUUUUACUUAUAUUUCUGUAAAUUACACCAUGAACAAGAGUGGCAUUGUCUUGUGAAGAUACAUGUGCUGUAACCGUGUAAUGUUUAUACAGGCUAGAACAUACAUUUCUUUGGAUCAAAUCAUUCAUUUAUGAAAGAAUUUGGUAACAAACUUCUGAUUAAGAAUAUCAUGUUCCCAUA